CCCUGCAAGCGCCUCGGUUCAUCUCGCAGCCUUCCUCGCCCAUCGUCGCGGAGGGAAGGACCAAGAUUUUGCAAUGUCAAGCCCUCGCAUACCCACAACCGCAGUACCGGUGGAUGAAGGACGGACACAACCUCAACGACUUCUCGCCCGAGAACUACCUCCGCAUCCUGGAGGUGCAGCGGGCGGACGCGGGGCUCUACCAGUGCGUGGCCAAGAACACCGUCGGCGCCAUCGUCUCGAACCACAUCAACGUGACCGUAGCCUACAUGGGCGUGUUCGCCGACAUGGAGGAGCAGCAGCUGGUGGUGGAGUCGGGCGACGCGGUGGUGAUCCCCGUGCCGCCGCUCGAGUCGCACCCGGCGCCCUCCAUUACGUGGCAGGCCGACGGCCGCCCGCUCCCGACCUACAGCCACAAGUACGCCGUCACGGGCCAGGGCCACCUCGUGAUCCUGGCCACGGACGACCAGGACCAGCGCGCCUACCGUGCGCGCGCCACCAACACGCAGCUCGGCAAGGAGGAGGACAGCGCCUACGUCCGGCUGGUCGUGAGCGGGGACCCUAACAAGGAGGUGGACCCCGAGUUCGUGGUGCGGCCCUCCGACGUGCACGUGCUGAAGGGGGAGCCGCUGGUCGAGCUGCACUGCGUGGCCAACGCGCGGCCGCUGCACGAGCUCGAGACGCUGUGGCUCAAGGACGGCAUCCCCGUGGAGAACAGCGGCGUGCUGUACGGCCUCAACAACCCCUGGAACCGGACGCUGUCGCUGCUCGAGGCCAACAUGACGCACACGGGCGUGUACACGUGCGCCGUGCGGCUGCGCUCGGGCGGCGCCGAGACCAUCACGGCCUCGGCCAGCGUCGUGGUGCAGGAGAAGCCGUCGUUCGUCAAGGCCGCGCGCCACGACCUGCUCGGCGAGUUCGGCGCCUCCGUCACCCUGGCCUGCGACGCGCUCGGCGUCCCGCCGCCCAACAUCUCCUGGUACCGGAACGCGGAGCCCGUCCCGAUCGGCAGCGGACCAGACGCCAGGUACAUCAUGGAGGUGGACGGCUCCCUGGUUGUGAAGAAGGUCCAGAUGGAGGACUCGGGCAUGUUCCAGUGCUUCGCGACCAACGAGGCGGGAGAGGACUCCAUCAGCCUCUGGCUUCGCGUCAAGAGCAGCAAGCAGGAGUCGGGACACGGCCGCGGACAGAUCCUGGACACCGGCGACCUCCUCGUGCCCGCCGUCCGCCGCUCUGACCAGGGGAAGUACACGUGCAUCCGGGCCAACGAGGCGGGCUCCGUCACCGCCUCGGCGCACCUCGCCGUCCUGGUGCGGACGCAGAUCGCGCAGCCACCGGCCGACACGAGGGUCCUGCUCGGGCACACGGCCACCCUGCAGUGCCGCGUGACCGGGGACUCGUCGGUGCCGUACCGGCUGUCGUGGACCCGGGGCCACGAGCUCAUCGGCGAGGUGAACGGCGCGUCGCCCAGCAGCCAGCGCAUCACCGUGUCCUCGGACGGCACCCUGGAGAUCCAGGCCGUGCGGGCCUCGGACGUGGGCGACUACACCUGCGCGCUGCACAGCGCCGGCGGCAACGAGACGCGGUCCGCCCGCCUGUCCGUCCUCGAGCUGCCCUUCGCGCCCACCAACGUGCGCGCGUCCAGGAACGAGCUCGUGUCGCCUCGCGCCAUCAACGUCAGCUGGGCGCCGGGCUUCGACGGCAACAGCCCCGUCGUCAAGUACAUCGUGCAGAAGCGCGAGGUGUCCGACCUAGAACUCCCCGCCUCCCUCAUCCAGUGGGUGACGGAGCUGUCCAACGUGUCCGCGACUCACCGCUGGGUCCUUCUGGAGAACCUCAAGGCGGCCGCCAGGUACCAGUUCCGUGUGAGCGCCGUUAACUCCGUGGGAGAGGGCUCGCCGUCCGAACCGAGCAACGUCAUUGAACUGCCUCAAGAAGCACCCUCUGGUCCUCCUCUGGGUUUGGUGGGAUCUGCAAGAUCAUCAUCAGAAAUUAUAACACAGUGGCAGCCUCCGCUUGAAGAACAUCGCAAUGGGCAAAUACUUGGCUACAUGAUUCGGUACAGACUUUAUGGUUACAACGGAAGUCCUUGGAAUUACCGCAACAUCACCAAUGAGGCACAGCGUAAUUGCCUUGUUCAAGAGUUAAUCACUUGGAAAGACUAUGUCUUCCAAAUAGCUGCAUAUAAUAACAAAGGUUUAGGAGUCUUCAGUGAAGGAGUUAAAAUUAAGACCAAAGAAGGAGUACCUGAAGCUGCACCAACCCAAGUGAGGGUUACUGCUCUUAACUCAACAGCUAUUCAAGUUUGGUGGCGGCCACCAGAUCCACAAAAAAUUAAUGGCAUCAAUCAAGGGUACAAGCUGCAAGCAUGGAAGGGUGAUCCUUCCACUGAAGAAGAAGCAGCACAGAUGGAGACAGUCCCACCUAGUCUGUUUGACCCUUUAGCCGAGCAGACUGCCAUUAUUGGAAACUUGGAGAAAUAUUGCGAGUACAACAUUACUGUUUUGUGCUUCACGGACCCUGGGGAUGGCUUAAGGAGUCUUCCUGUUAUAAUGCGAACAAAUGAGGAUGUUCCUGACGAAAUUUCCAAUCUCCAAUUUGAUGAAGUAUCAGACCGUGCUGUAACUGUAAGGUGGUCACCACCACGAUCUGUCAAUGGAAUUCUCACAGGAUAUCAACUAAAAUACCAAGUGAAAGAUCUCCCUGAUACUCUUAAAGUUCAUAACUUAACAGCAGAUGUUCAAAGAUUGAAAGUUGAACAUCUUCAGGCUACCACCCACUACAUCUUUACUAUUCGAGCUGCCACAUCUGUUGGACUUGGCACUCCUCGGGUGGCAUCUCUGCAAUCAGGAGUAGAACCUGUGCUACCCCAACCACCUACAAAGUUGGCAGUUACAAAUAUUGAAGCUUUUUCUGUAGUAUUACAGUUCACUCCAGGCUUUGAUGGCAAUUCCUCAAUUACAAAGUGGACUGUUGAGGCUCAAACAACCAGGAAUAGUACAUGGCUACCAGUCUAUGAAGAAUCAGCUCCUGAUGCCACAACAUUAAUUGUCAACAAGCUUACUCCCUUCUCUCUGUACAGAUUACGCCUCAUUGCUAAUAAUGUUGUAGGCCCAAGUACCCCAUCUGAGCCUACCAAAGAGUUUCAGACCAUUCAAGCUCCCCCGGGCCAUCCACCUUUUAAUGUUACCGUACGAGCUAUGUCAGCAACAGAGCUGAGAGUUCGGUGGAUUCCAUUACAACAAAUUGAAUGGUUUGGAAACCCACGAGGAUACAAUAUUACUUUCAGGGAAAUUGCUCCUCCUGGUGGCAUACCUUCUGAGCCAAGGAGUGUAAGUAUUGAGGACCACACUGCCAACAGUCACAUUUUACAUAAACUGGAAGAGUUUGCUCUUUAUGAAAUUGAAAUGAGAGCUUUUAAUGAUGUUGGGUCAUCACAAGCAAGUCCCAAGGCAGUUGAAAGGACUAGAGAGUCAGUUCCUUCUUUUGGACCUAUGAAUGUUGAAGCCAAUGCCACUUCAUCAACCACAGUUGUUGUGCGGUGGGGAGAGGUCCCACGGGAACACUGUAAUGGCCAAAUAGAAGGUUUCAAAGUGGCUUAUUAUGCGGCUGCAGCUCCCAUGGGAGUGGGAAGUGGAAUAGUGUCAGUUCAAUAUAAAACUAUAGCUAGUAAUUCUACAUUCACUACAACACUAACUGAACUCAGAAAGUAUGUUCAGUACAAUAUUCAAGUUUUGGCUUUCACACGGCUUGGUGAUGGAGAGCAUUCUGCUCCACCUGUUCGGGUUCGCACUUUUGAAGACACGCCUGGUGCUCCAUCGAAUGUUUCUUUCCCUGAUGUCUCUCUUACUACUGCUCGAAUUAUUUGGGAUGUACCUGAUGAGCCAAAUGGAGAAAUUUUGGCUUAUCGUGUAACAUAUCAUGUUGAAUCCAAGGGCAAUGCCUUUAAUUUUUCAAGAGAAUUUCCCCCCUCUGAUCGCACAUUCAGAGCAACAGAACUUGAGCCUGAGCAGUAUUAUUUGUUUUCUGUAACUGCUCAAACUCGACUUGGCUGGGGAAAAACUGCCACAGCUUUGGUUUUGACUUCUAAUAACCGAGAAAUUCCCCAACCUCCAUCUGCACCCCAAGUUUCUCGUAGCCAGAUUCAAAGUGCUCAUAUCACUUUCAGUUGGACUCCUGGACGAGAUGGUUUUGCUCCACUCAGGUACUACACUGUGCAAGUAGCAGAAGGGCGGGGACCCUGGCAAACUAUCCCUGAACGAGUUGACCCUGCUACGACAUCAUAUACUGCUGUUGGCCUUAAACCAUUUUCUUCAUAUCGUUUUCGGAUCCAAGCCAACAAUGAUAUGGGUCCGAGUGGUUGGAGUCCUGAGAGUGCUGAAGUGCGAACUCUUAGUGCAGCCCCUUCAAAAGCUAUCAGUGGCCUUAGAGUUGUCCCUAUAACAACAACAAGUGUAGAAGUGCAUUGGAAUACCUUACCUGAAGCAGCUUGGUCUGGAGAAAGUGUCACUGGUGGUUACAGAAUUGUAUACCAACCAGUUUCAGACUUUCCUACAGCACUUCAAGCAACACCUAAAGAAGAAACAAUGGGAAUAAAUUCUUCAAGUAUUGUUCUUGCUGGAUUGACACGUGACAAGAACUAUGAAGUGGUGGUGCUGCCAUUUAAUUCUCAAGGUGCUGGACCUGCUAGUCCUCCAGUCACUGUGUAUGUGGGAGAAGCUGUUCCAACUGGUGAGCCCCAGGCAGUAGAGGCAGAGCCAUUGUCUCCCACUGAAGUACGUUUAAAAUGGAGACCACCCACCCAAAGUCAGCAAAAUGGAGACUUGUUGGGUUAUAAGAUUUAUUACUUAGUAACAGAGUCUCCUCAGCCAUUAGAUGAUAGAGUCUCUCAAGAGGAAGAGCUUGAAGUUGUCCCAGCUACAUCUCAUUCACACAGUUUAGUUUUCCUGGAUAAGUUCACUCAAUAUCAAAUCUCCAUGUUGGCUUUCAAUCCUGCUGGUGAUGGGCCAAGAUCAGCACCUGUUACUGUGAGAACACUGCAAGGACUUCCAGGGCCUCCAACAAACUUGUCUUUUUCUGAAAUAACAAUGAGUAGCAUAAAAGUCUCAUGGGAUCCCCCUAAGAAGCGCAAUGGCGAGCUUGUUGGGUAUAUUGUGACUUAUGAAACUGCUGAACAGAAUGAACGCUUCAGUAAGCAGGUGAAGCAGAAAGUAUCUGGUACAAGUCUAUCAAUACAAACUCUAGAAGAAGAAGUCACUUACUUGGUUACUGUGCGAGCUCAGACAAUAGACUAUGGCCCUGCUAUUAGUGCUAAUGUCACCACAGGACCACAAGAUGGUUCACCUACUCGCCCUAAAGAGCUUGUUUUAGGAAAUACUGUUUCAAGUGUUGAUCUACACUGGAUAAAUGGUGCCUCAGGCAAGGGACCAAUUCUUGGUUACUACGUUCAGACCAAAAGAAAAGAGGAAACCCGAUGGACAACUGUCGCAAGAACUGCAAACGGUCUACUUCAGGAUUUCACUGUCUCCUUCCAUAACUUGCUACCUUCAACAUCAUACAGUUUUCGUGUAAUUGCCUAUAAUAAGUAUGGUGUGAGCUACCCAGCAUAUUCAGAAAAAGUGAUUCUGACACCUUCAAAACUAUAUCUUGACUAUGGCUAUUUGCAACAGAAACCUUUUUACCGACAAACAUGGUUCAUGGUGGCUUUAGCUGCUUUCUUUGUCAUUAUUAUCAUUUGUGUCAUAGCAAUACUGUGCGUAAAAAGCAAAAGUUACAAAUACAAACAGGAAUCGCAGAAAACUCUUGAGGAAUCAAUGGCCAUGGAUAUGGAUGACCGUCAGGAGCUUGCUUUGGAACUGUACCGAUCUCGCCACCAAGCAGGAGCUGUGGGGCCAAUGGGCUCUAUGGGAACCAUGGGCAGGCGGAACACAUUGGGAAGGAAAACUGCACCAGUUCAUCCUGGUCCACCCGCCCCAAUGAUGGGGAAAUCACCACCUCGACCAUCCCCAGCCUCUGUUGCUUACCAUAGUGACGAGGAAAGUCUUAAGGGUUAUGAUGAGAAUCCAGAUGACAGUAGUGUCACUGAAAAGCCAUCAGAGAUAAGCUCAUCGGACUCCCAGGGGUCAGAGAGUGAGCCAGAGAGCGAACGCUCAGAUCCUCAUUCAUUUGUGAAUCACUAUGCUAAUGUUAAUGAUUCAUUACGUCAAUCUUGGAAGAGACAAAAACCAGUACGAAAUUACUCUAGUUAUACAGACUCUGAGCCUGAAGGAAGUGCAGUGAUGAGUUUAAAUGGAGGUCAAAUCAUUAUGAAUAAUAUGGCUAGAUCAAGGGCACCUCUACCAGGUUUUUCAUCAUUUGUGUGAUCUCAUUUAUCUACAAAAUUUCAUUUAAGGUCUCCAUAUUUUAAGUAGCGGCACAAAGUGCCAAUGUCUUUCAUGAAAAGGUGUGCCAAAGUUAAUAUCUGCACUUUAAAUGCAGAAUUUUGGAGCUUUAUUUUUGCUGGCUAGAAUUACAGACUUUCAAUUGAUUGUGCUCCCUAAAUAAUACUUGACUGCUAGUAGUUCUGAACAAUUUAAUUGUAAUUAUGGCCAUUAUGUGAAGUGUAGCAAGUAAACAGAUAUGCUGCCUCUUAUCUGUGAUACACCAGCUUCUAUGUAGUUUUUAGGACUACAUAAUGGAGUUUAUGUGCCUUUUGGUUAGUAUAUUUUCAAGUGUAUUUGAAAAAUCAUUAUGUUAAGCUAAUUUUAAUCUUUAAGCUGACCUGUGAUUUUGUAUUUUGCCAUUGCUUUUUAUUUUAAAGCAUUGACACAUUAGAUAAUGUUUUGUGAUUAGAAUUUUAUCAAUUUAAAUAAAUGCCCUUUUCUGUCCUUUAUUGAAACUGUUCAUGUUGUUUGGAGGUGAUUAGGUUAUUCGGCAUGCUGAUCUACCUACAGAUUGUUUUGAUUGUGUGAAUAUUAUGUGUUUUACUGUUUUGUUAGGUUUUUGAAUAAAUCAUCUUUCUUGUGUCCUUACAAAAUUAUUUGACUGAGUCUGUAUAGUAAUAAAACUGUAUUUAACUUAAAGUGUAAGCUGACAGAUUUUUGUGAAGAGAUUUCCACUAAUACAGAGUGGAAACGUAAACAGCUUAAAGGAAAGCUUUGGAUGUUUAUAUGUAGUUAUUUUAUUUAUUACAAUGAUCUCUGUAUGGUAGCUUUUUUCUUGUUUUGGAGUGUGAACUGGAUGCUAAAUUAAUUAAGCUCUUUGACGUUACUUUCUAUAUUUGAUGAUAAGUAGAUAAACAAUAUAUUUUUCAUCCAUCUUAAUCAGUUUUAGACUGUUUCUUUCUAUGUUCAAGCAGUUUGAAAAAAAAGUUGCCAUAUCAUGACCAUCCGUCCCUAACAUGUGCCUGUAAAUAAAACAUGUUAUCGAUUGAAUGUAAAUUCUAAUACUGUGUAACUGUAAAUAUUAUGUCUUUGAAAAUUCAUCUUAAAAUCACUGCCAAGUUGACUUUAUCAGGUUUCGUGUCAUCUCCAUUUUUCUUGUACAUUCAUAUUUGUAAUACAUAUUUUGUUACAAAUAAAAAUGGUAUCCACCACUUA